UCAUCAUGGCGUCCGGACCUGACGAGUAAGAGGAGUUCGAUGUACUUGAGUCAUGUUAUUAAUGGUUGCCAAGAUAUCAGCCAGCCAGAUGUAGAUUAUCUGAAUAAGAACCAUUUGUUGAGAUGACUGAAGAGAAAACAGACGCAUUGAGUCUAACGGAUGACGAAGACAAUGAAGAUUCGGAUUAUGAACCGGCACUGCCCGAAAUUUCGGGUGUACUCAGUAAAUGGACAAAUUACUUGCACGGGUGGCAAGAUAGAUACAUAGUGUUGAAAGAAGGAACUCUUAGUUAUUACAAAUCCGAAAAUGACACAGCGUUUGGAUGUCGUGGGGCAGUCAGUCUUGCGAAAGCGAGUGUUUCGCCUCACCAGUUUGACGAGUGCCGGUUUGACGUGACGGUCAAUGACUGUGUGUGGUACCUGCGGAGUGGGUCGGAAGAGGAGCGACUCCAGUGGAUCAAUGCCAUCGAGUUACACAGGGUAUUUCAUAACAUAGAGGUUGAGCAAGCUGAAUCUGGUUAUGGGAGUGAAAACAACCUCCGUCGCCAUGGUUCCAUGAUAUCCCUGACCUCAGCAGCAAGUCUGUCCACCGCCUCUACUUCCUCCUUCAAGCGGGGUCGUGGUCUCAAGGAGAAGCUUGCCGAGAUGGAGACAUUCCGUGACAUCCUAUGUCGACAGAUUGACACUCUCCAGAGCUACUUCGACAGCUGUGCCUCAGCUGUCUCCCAAGGUGCCAUACAGGAAUUGACCGACCCUGACGAUAUUGGUGACCCGGACGACCUUCAUGAAAAUGAUGCUGACCACUCUAAUGUCCACUUCCAGGGUCCAAGCGGAAAGGACCUAGGUGGUCCGUCUGCGUCCAUACUGCAGCAACAUGGUGGACAUGCAGUGGACUUCAAAGGAGAGUCGUUUACGUUCAAGGCCACCACCGCCGGUAUCAUAGCAACCCUGUCCCACUGUAUGGAGCUAAUGUCUCAACGAGAGGAUGCCUGGCGGAAACGGCUGGAAAAGGAGGUAGAGAGGAGAAAGAAGAUGGAGGAUGCCUACAAAACCACUGUAUCUGACCAAAGUAAACCAAGGCUUGUGAUUGGUGGACCAGACUUUGAGGAAGGUCCUCAUUGUGCCAUUAAGGAAGAUGAAUUCUUUGAUGCUGUCGAUGCAAGUCUUGACAAGCUGGAGGAGAAAGUGGAGGAGGAAAAGCAACGGAAAUUAAAAGAAGAUCAUGUGAAAGAUGUCCCAAACAUUGCCCUGGAUCCGUCUAAUAUACUUUACCAGGAGAUAAACAAUGAGGUAAACACGCACCUGCUGCGUAUGGACGAGAAGUGUGAGGACGGGGAGGACACAUGGCAGGUUAUCGCAGAGGAGGGCGACCUAAAGGUCUACAAACGCGAGAUUGAGGUUGAUGGAGUCGUAGUCGAUCCUCUCAAGGCCACACACAUAGUUACGGGUAUCACGGGUCAUGAAGUGUGUCAGUACUUCUGGGAUAUUGAUGUCCGAAUGGAGUGGGACGUUACGCUAGAGUCAAGUGUGGCGACUGAGAUACACUCGGAAGAUACCAUUGUGAGUCAUAACAUCAUUAAGCGAGUAUGGCCGACGUCACAGCGCGAUGCCCUGUUCUGGUCACACAUCCGCCAUGUGCCCAGCUCCCAGGAUGAAACUCCAGACCGCUGGCUCGUGGUCAAUGUGUCCACUAAUCACCCUAAAGUCCCAUCCAACAAGUUUGUCAGAGUGACCAUGAAUGUGGCGAUGAUCUGUGAAACAAUAAUAGAACCACCAAAAGAUGGUGGAGACAUCACCCGCAAAGACAUCAAGUGCAAAAUUAGUUACACUGCUGAUGUUAAUCCUGGUGGAUGGGCCCCUGCCUCUGUACUACGGGCAGUAUACAAGCGAGAGUAUCCCCGCUUCCUGAAGCGAUUCACACAAUUUGUUCUGGACAAAACCAAAGACAAACCCAUUCUCUUCUAACCGUCAGCAUCAUCCUCUCACAGAAACGGCCAUAUGUUACACAUCUGAUAUCUAAGUCAAAUUUAAAUCAGACAUUCUCUCACAAGUCUGGCAACAUGUUACACUCCACAGCCGAAAUGUAAGCCAAGCGGGAUGUGCUCUCACAAGUCUGACGAAUGUCACACUCCACAGCCGAAUUGUUAGCCAAGUGAGACUCACUCUAACAAGUCUGGCGAAUGUCACACUCCACAGCAGACUUGUUAGCCAAGAGGGACUUGCUCUCACAAGUCUGACAAGUGUUACACUACACAACCGAAAUGUUAUCCAAGAUGAACUCACACUCACAAGUUUGACGAGUGUUACAGUACACAACUAAAGUGUUAGCCAAGUGGGACUCGCUCCCAUUCACCCCUACAGUCACAUUUGAACCGUACCAAAUCAAAGAAAGAGCAAGUCCAGUUUAAAAAUGUACGGGUGAAUGAGUUAAAGGCAGUUGUUCCUAUUCAAAUCUAAGGGGGAAUAAUUUCUAUAGAAAAAGGGUAAAUGUCUGCCAAGGGAACCUAGUGAGUGAUUUUCCCAAGAGGGUCACUUGCACUGUGUAGCUGUUGCUCUUGGGAGAGUUGUCAUUGUUAUUUGACUUGUUAUUUACUUUAAUAAUGAAUUGUUCAGAUUUUUUUUUAUGUAAGAUGAUGUGGUAUGCUUGUGAUGAUGCAACUUCCCUAGAUAUAGUUCUUUAGAGUAAUGGUUUCUGAUUCCAUUCUAAUCUAUGAUAGACCUCUAGUCAUGUUUUACUGGAAAAAGGAUCAUUGCACAUUUUUAUAUAUUUUUAUGAUAAAAAAAAUGCAUGUAGACAUCUGUAUUUAUUAUUUAUUCAGAUUUUCUUCAGAGCACUAUGAUUUUUAUCUUUAAGUUCAAAUUUUGAUAAAAAAAAUAGGAUUGAUUUUGUAUAAAACAAAAUAUAUAGUGUAUUAACUGUUGCCUAUCAAUGUGGGACUGUGUCUAGGAGACGUGGCACUCCUACGAGUCGUCAGGGACACUGGGUCAAAUUUUAGCACAUAAAACAAAUAUCUGAUUACUCAUUCAAAGAUUAACACGAAAAUUCUGUUCGUUUUUUUGGGGUUUUUUUCAGAUGAAAACCGAAGUAUUUAUUAUCAUAUAAUGAAGACUUACAUGUGACUAAAUAAUCUAGGAUUUAUUUUUUACGUAUGCUGCCUUAAAUAAAACAGGUCUUGUAAUCAAAGGUUUGCUGUUAAUUUUAUGCCAAUUACAAUUCACAAGUGAUGUCCUGCUGUACCCUGGCAGUGUUUAUCUCCGACUUUUAAUGAUAAUGUGAAUCUACAAAUUUAAUACGACUGAGCAAUUCAGAUCAGGUGUCAAAUAUAUCCGACCUUACAACCGCGAAAAACACAAAUUCAAGUGUGCACAUUUGUAUUUUUCCCACACAAACCGAAAAGUAUUAUACAUGUUUAACCUCAUUAAAAUCAUAUCCUGAUUUACUUCAAUACACUGUUUAGCAGUUUUGCAGUCAAAUAAGAUCUAAUUUCAAUCUUCAGCAUGUUCGAUUGGAAACGUAAGAUUGUAACGUGAAAGCGGAACCAGCUUACAGCAUUACCUCUGUUUAAGGGUAGCCAAGCCUAAAGCAUGGUAGAGUGUAUCAUCUUUUGUUAUUCUUUUCAUCUGUGUUCAUCAUCACAUAAUAGAAUUCUGUCACAAUGAGGAAAAAAUAGUUAAGCUGUAAAUAAAUGUAUUAGAAAGCACACAUAUUGUACAUUGGAUGAUUUCACUAAAGGAAGACUAUUUUUUUCCCCUUGUUAAAUCUUAUUUGUUAUUUACUCUAUAAACGAAGAUAAUUAUAAACUUUAGGCCUUUGUACGGCGUUGGAUCAUUUUGAAAUUACUUUCAUUGAUGUUGCGGAAAAGUUUUAACAAAUAGCACGACCAGUGGUUGAUGCAGGCUGUAUAUUCAAGAGGUCCAGUGAUCGAAUCUUGGUAGUGGAGCCAAGAUGUUUUUAUGAAAAAUAACAUUAUGAUAAAUGUAUUUCUGUCAUACAAUAAUUAUGAUAAUUUGAGGUUCUUAUAUACCGCUUUAUCACAACCUAGUUUCAUAGGUCAUCUCAAAGUGGUUCAUAUACUACUCUUUGCUUUUAGCAAAUAGACAAGCAACUCCCCAAGUGAAAACCAUUUGGAACUCUUCUUUGUUGGAGAUAGAACACUGAGCUGGGACACUCUACCUUAAAUCUGUUCUUGCAUAUACGCAGAUGUUAUAUAUAGUCGAGGUAUAUUACGAAUAGGUUGAAAGUGAGCUCAUCAUUCUGGUAGGUAUACACUUGUAUAGAAAAUAUAUUUAUUCAAUCUUGAAUUUUUCUUAACAGAGUAAAAUCUUGCUUAUAAUAGAUACACUGUAUUUUUUUAACAAUAAGAAUAAAAGUGUAAUUUUCAUACUGAUGGAACUAAAAUGAAAUCCCCCCAAAUAAGUUGACAAUAAGCUGCAUUAGAUUCACCACUAACGCUUUAAGUGUAAAUGCCAAUGUUUGUAUAUGGUGUUAUAUUACAGUGCGAGUGUGAAUAUAUGAUAAAAGUUAUAUAAAAUAUUAAAUAUUUGUAGAAUUUUAAGAAAAUUUACUUGUGUGCAAGGUGCUUGAAAUUUUGUAAUCAAAUUUCGAAAUGAAUGGGUAUUUAUUAGUUAAUGUUAAAAUCAAUUUAGUUUUGCGAGAUGAAUUUUUUACAUUAGUUCGUUAGAAGAAAAAAAACUGUGCAAAUUUUUAAUCUUUACAUGAUUUAUUAAUUCAGUAGAUAAAAUGUAUUAAUAUUAAAAUUGCCUCCUCGCAAUCGCAAUCAAGUAUUUGGUAAUAAAGGUCCGAGUGCAUAGGGUCAGGAAAUGAAGUUCAAAUGAAGAGAAAAUGUUUUACUGAACAUACCUUACAACCUUUGAAGCAUGCCCGAUACAAAACCAAUUUUGAUUGAUGUGUAGUCUUUUGUAUUUAACUUUUUAUUUCAACCACCCAAUUAGAUUUUCGUCAUUAAAAUGAUGAUUGUUGCCGACAUCUGUUGUAUAUAUCUGUGUUGAUUGUCCCAAGAACUACACUCUGUCCCCGCACAUAGUUUUUCAUCAAUUUGUAUUGUAGUUAGUGUAUUUUUAUUUUGUCUUUGAGAAACACUGUUAAAAGGGUUUCAGAUACACAAAUGUUAUGUUUUUUCACAGAAUACCCACUACAACUGCAUCAGCUGAUUUUACAGAAGUUUCAUUCUGGUAUAUGCUCAAUGAUAAAGUUUGUCAGUUGUUUGACAAACGUUUACAUUUUACAAGUGUAAUUUUUUAAUUUUGUAUACGUUUCCAUGCCGUAGUAUCAAAAGGUCUUACAUGAUAACCUGUUUUUUUCGGGGGGGUUUUCCGGCAAGCAUUAACACCUGCAAAAUCACCACAACAGAAUGUAAGAAAACAUACCAGGAACAGAGUUAGCUAAUGAAUUAAGGGUUGUGUUGAGUAUCUGUUGCAACACAAGUUGUCAAUUUAAACCUUUUAUAAGUUUUGAGCUUUAGCUAAAAUGCUGACUUGUAAUACCACGGAAUUAGAUUAGAUCUAAGUCCAUGGUAAUACAGUGAAAGUUUUGUAAUCUGACAACUCAACAAUAUAACCCAUGGACAUUGCAUAUAUAUUGGUCAGAUUUACCUGUCUAUUCUGACAUCCUGUAGGAUAUAACAUUGGUCAGAUGAACCUGUCUAUUCUGACAUCCUGUAAGAUAUAACAUUGGUAAGAUGAACCUGUCUAAUCUGACAUCAUGUAGGAUAUAACAUCGGUAAGAUGAGCCUGUCCAAUCUGACAUCCUGUAGGAUAUAACAUAUUGGUCAGAUUAACCUGUCCAAUCUGACAUCCUAUAGGAUAUAACAUAUUGGUCAGAAUAACCUGUCCCAUCUGACAUCCUGUAGGACUUAACAUAUUGGUCAGAUUAACCUGUCCAAUCUGACAUCCUGUAGGAUAUAACAUAUUGGUCAGAAUAACCUGUCAAAUCUGACAUCCUGUAGGACUUAAGAUAUUGGUCAGAUUAACCUGUCCAAUCUGUCAUCCUGUAGGACUUCACAUAUUGGUCAGAAUAACCUGUCAAAUCUGACAUCAUGUAGGACUUAACAUAUUGGUCAGAUUAACCUGUACAAUCUGUCAUCCUGUAGGACUUAACAUAGUGGUCAGAUUAACCUGUCCAAUCUGACAUCCUGUAGGACUUAACAUAUUGGUCAGAUUAACCUCUAAAAGUUGUAUUUGGUAGUUUUGGUAAUAAGUUUGAAUUUCACCAUGAUCUCGGAGCAAAGAUGUUUCCAGAAUAUGCAGUGGUUGGAUUAGACAGGACGUCAGAAUACAUACAGGUCACUUUGUUAUCAAGUUAGGUAUGUUACACAGACAACGUGUUGGUCUAGAUCUGCUAAAAAAAUAAGAGAAUAAAAUCUACCAUGUGACCUUAUGAUUCUACAGCAUCAGUGUAUUCCAAAUUACUGUGAUAUAUUGGGCAUUUUACACAGCAAAUACGUUUGAAAAAGUUCAAACUAAAAACACCUUUUUUCCAGUAUUAUGAAAUCAUUUCAAAGGUGAAGCUAUGAUUUUCUAUAAUCAAAUUACGAUUUUAUUGUGAUAUUGAUUUUUCUUGUAUUGUGUAUAAAUUAAAAUUAGCCUUAAUGCUUGCUUGUCAAAUAGUUGCAGCUAAGCUGUAGAAUCAGGCCCAUAUUUGGCAGAGCUUGACAUGUGGAGUUUGUACUAUUUAAGUGUAUCAUAAGAAACAUUUACGAAAUGGAGCUAAUUUCUUAUCAGCAUGUUUAUCACUGGGUGUAAUCCUGUCUAUGCUAAUUUCAGUAUAUUGUUGCAGAAAUCUAUAUUUAUUCUUGUCUGAUGUUGGAUGGAGACAAUUCUGUGGGUAAAUUAGGCAUUGUUAACCCGUUCACCCCUAUGUAACCUCAGUGGACUCUACCAUGCAUAUAUUUGGAUGAGUCCAUUAUGGUCUACAGUGGUGAAAGGGUAAAGCUGUGUAAGGUAAAUUUCGAUCUUUGUGUUACUGGGUUGCUUCCCCUUAUGUAAUGCUAUUCUAUGUAAUAUAUAUCACCUUUGCUCGCACAUGAUUAAAUAACCCAUUUGCAGCAGAAAACAUGAUUAAAACAGUUUUAGAGUGUUGUGCAAAACAGUCAGUUCUGUUAGAAAUUUCUGAUGAUUUGAAUUAAAUUAUCUUUGAUAACGAUGUAAAAGGUUGUAUAAGAUCAUCUUUGAUCACAUUAAAGAUGUGUGAUGAUGAAUUGUUCAGUGGAGGUGAACAUUUGAUAACAUUUUUGCCGUAAAUUCUCUACCAUGCAAUUUAAAUCAAAUGUGAUUUUCAGGGGCGGGGAGCGUGGGAUUUUUUUUGUUUUUCUUUAUGAUUCACUUAAGUUACACAGGCGAUGUUCAGGAAGUAAUUAAUAUAUAUACCGGUUCAUACAUUCAGACCAAAUUGUCACCCUGUCACGUUGACCUGUACGUGGAAUAUUCAUAUCUGGCAAUUGCAUUGAUUGUUAGGUAUGCCCACCUGGUCAUUGUUCAAAUGUGUCGAGUAUAGCAUACUGUACACGUGAUAGGACGUCACAAUGUAUGUGGAAUAUUCAUAUCUGACAUUCACAUCGAGUUUUAGGUAUGUAUGCCCACCCUUUCAUGGUUCAAGUGUGUCGAGUAGAAUAUACACGUGUGGGAAGUCGCAACUGUUUCACCUGUAACUUCGGUAACCAAUUACAAUAGAUCUAUCUGUCCUCCCUAAUAUGAAUACUGACUCGCCUGCCACAUAUUAUGGUAAACCAAGGUCAACACUUCGGUAAGGUUAACUUUGGUAAUCAAUUAGGCCAAUAGAUCUAUCUGUCCUCCUAAUAUGAAUACUGGCUCGCCUGCCUCCAAUUACGGUAAACCAAGGUCAACAUUUCAGGUGAUGGCAGUCUGACUAUAUACAGGGUCUAUCUGAGCCGUCACAAGCGUUCAGUCAUUUUGUAGUCCGUGUAUAUGAGCUUUAAGUGCUUGUGUCUUGCAGCUUUUGUAUAUUUUCUGAAAUACUAUUUUAUACCAUGUGGUAAAAAAAAUACAAUGCAUUUGUGCGGGAGUAAAAGACCAUAUUUAUUUUCUAAACAAUUGUUUUAUAUCAUGAAUUAUUUACUAUUUGUAAAUACAUGUAUCCUUUUUUGCAGCAGUUCUGUUGUGAAAUACUGGGCAUCACAAUGCUGCAAUAAAUACAUAUUGAUGAAAUUUCA